AUGUCGUGGGCAGCCGUUGACAAUGACACCCGCGGGUGGAUUUUAUGCUUCGUGAGCGGCGCAGCUUGCGUCCUCGGUUCCAGCGUAAUAUGCGUCGAUCUACUGAUCCGGCUGCUGCCGGGCAAGAGAAACUUCAGCAUAAACCAGAGCAGCGUGUUCCUUGCCAGUUCAUUAAGCUUGAGCUUUGGUGUCAUGCUCUUCUCUUCCCUGUACAAUAUGCUCCCGAGUUCGAAACAAUAUUUCAUCGACGCCGGCUUCGGCAGCCAAUCCGCCGGGGCCUUGAUGGUUGUGUGGUUCGCGUGCGGCUUCUUAGGAAUACAGCUCGUCUCCCGGUUUCUACAUCGAUUCAUGCCCUCUCACGUUGUCGAUUGCGAUCAUCACCAUGACGGACCUCAGACUUUGGACUCGCACGGUCAUUCUCAUUCCCGUUCGCCUAGUCCAGCGAGCAAGUUAUCCCAUUCUCUACCUCUACCGCGAAGCCAACCCCUUCCCGAGGCACCCACCACAAUACCUGAGGAUGCCGCCACUCUUCCGCUGCCGGCUUCCGAUGAAUCUACUCCAUUGCUUGUACCCGACACCCACAUAAACGGCAACGGCCACCUGCAUCGCCAUAAUCAUCACGAGAGCCACCAUCAACCUCGGCGUCCCCUUGAUCUGAAACAAUCGCGAAGAAGCACUGCACCAGCCUACGAAACUGAGGGCAGGAGACUACCGAUGGUACAGGUCCAGGAGCGGGUCAUGUCUUUCGUCAAGGAUCUCAAGGGGCGGUGUGACGAAACGGGACCUUGCUACGGCUACUCUGACCCCUGCGGGCAAGAGUGCUAUAAACACCUGCAAGCCCGUGCGCCAAGCUCAACUCGCAGGAUAAGCUUGCUGCGGACGCCCUCGACAUCCCACUAUCCAGGCCACCACCGGGGAGGCCUUUGGCACGGCCGAGAGCAGGAAUCCACAGCUUCGUCGUUGAUUAGCCCAUCUCACCGGACAAGCCCGCCCCAGUCGCGGGACACUGAUAUCGACGAAGAAGAAGAGUACUAUGUCGCCGAAACCCCCGUUGAGGAAGAUCUCGAGGCCCAGCACCACCAUCAUGUACCCACCAACGCCUUCCUCGCCAUCGGCCUUCAGACCUCCAUCGCCAUUGCUCUCCACAAGUUCCCUGAGGGCUUCAUCACCUUCGCAACCAACCACGCGAACCCCACCCUCGGCUUUAACGUCUUCAUGGCCCUCUUCGUCCAUAACAUCAGCGAGGGUUUCACUAUUGCUCUACCCCUCUAUAUGGCUCUCGGGAGCCGCUUCAAAGCCAUGCUCUGGGCUUCCCUCCUCGGCGGUCUUAGCCAACCCCUCGGCGCCACCGUGGCUGCGCUGUGGUUCAGCCUCGUGCAUAGGACGCACAUGACUCCCAAUGCGGCUGUGUACGGCGGCUUGUUCGCCGUCACCGCGGGUAUCAUGGUGAGCGUGGCGUUGCAGCUCUUUGUGGAGAGCUUGAGCUUGAAUCAUAAUCGGAAUUUGUCCAUCUUCUUUGCGUUUUUGGGCAUGGUUAUUCUGGGCUUGAGUGGUGCCCUUGUGGAGGACCAUUGA